AUGGUAGUCGGCGGACCCAACGCGCGAACAGACUACCACGUCAACUCCACGCCCGAAUUCUUCUAUCAAUACCGGGGCUCCAUGCUCCUCAAAACCGUGGCAGACACGUCCACAACACCUCAUACUUUCCAAGACAUUCCGAUCCAUGAAGGCUCCCUUUUCCUACUCCCCGCCAACACUCCACACUGUCCCGUGCGGUUCAAGGAUACCGUCGGCGUAGUCAUGGAGCAGCCGCGCAAGGAAGGCGCCGAGGAUACGAUGCGGUGGUACUGCCAGUCGUGCGGUGAGAUUGUGUGGGAGAAGCGGUUUAUCUGCACGGAUCUGGGUACGCAGAUUAAAGCCGUGGUGGAGGAGUUUGGCGCAGACGUUCAAAAGAGGACGUGUGCCAAGUGCGGUGUGCUGGCUGAGACCAAGUUUGCAGAGGGCCAGAUUGUGCAGCCUCCGAGGUUGCCGGAGUAG